AUUAUUUUUAAUUAACACAUUUUCUUGAUUUAUUUUAUUUUAUGCUUAUUGUUGAGGUAAUGUACAUUUGCCCAUUAUCACUGCCAUUACGUUAUUACUGAUAUUUAAGUGUAGGAAUUGGCAUGUAUUGCACUGGGGAAUCGUAUUGGUGACACACACUUGACCAAGCAGGUGGCAGCCACGGCACUCCUGUGAAGCAUGCUCGCAGCAUCAGCGUCAUUCGUGCUCAUUGAUAGUUUAAGAACAUAAAGUUUAAGGUUAAAAGCAAGCUAAGAAAUGGACAACAAGUUUCACCUACUCCCUUUAGUUGUGCGGCCAAUGAGAAGCAAUCAUGGGAGGAGCUAAUAUAAAACCAGAGUUUACUUCGCAGCUGCAGGACAAGAGAGUGAAAAGAGACGAGGACAUUGUGUUCAAGUGUAAUGCCAACAACCUUGAGGACGUAAAUGUCGUAUGGGAAAAGGAUGGACAGAGGUUGUAUGACGGAGACGGUAUCAGCAUCAGCCAGAGUCGGACAGAAUUAAGUCUGAGGAUCAGCAAGGCCAAAGAAAAAGAUGAGGGCAAAUACACCAUAAGGCUCAGCAAAGCUUCAGAAAGUGUCUCACACACAGUUAAAGUCACUGUUCUUGAGUUGGACCAGGAUUGGCGGUCCAUAGGAUGGGGGUUAAACGUGGACAUCAAGCACAACUUAGAGGACCUCAAACUCAAAAACCCACAGGUGAAACACCUGAACUUCCUGCUGCAUGGCCCUGUGGGGGCUGGGAAGUCCAGCAUCAUCAACUCCAUCCAAAGCAUCUUCAUGAACAGAGUCGAAGUUGGGGCGCUAGUCGCUGCAACUACUGGCAAAAGUUUCACGUUAACUUACAACUCCUAUCAAAUUAAAAACAUCGAAAACAAAGCUUUGCCGUAUGUAUUCAGUGACAUCAUGGGUCUGGAGAUUGCAAAUAAGGAAGGGUCGCAUCCUGAUGACAUCAUCAAUAUCUUAAAAGGACAUAUCAGAGAGGGUACCAUGUUUAAUUCAAGUUGCCCAGUGCCCGAAAAGGACCGAAAUUACAACAGAAGUCCUACUCCAAGUGAUAAGAUUCAUUGUCUGAUCAGCGUGCUCCCAGCUGAUAAAAUAUCUCUGAUGGAGAAGAAUAAUCUUUUUGAAAAGAUGGGUGAGAUCAGAAAGAAAGCCAGUGGCAUGGAUAUUCCUCAGGUGGUUUUCAUGACCCAUGUGGAUUCGGCCUGUCCGGUAGUAAAGGAUAACCUGACGCGCAUCUAUUCAAGCAAAAAUAUAAAGAAGAAAAUGCAGGAGUGCAGUAACUUGACGGGUAUUCCCAUGACCUGCAUCUUCCCAGUGAAGAACUACCAUGAGGAGAACAAACUGGACGGGAACAUGGAUAGCUUGAUACUGGAUGCUCUGGAAAGCGUUGUAAACUUUGCCGAAAGCUAUGUGGAUCGCCUUUACAAGCUUGAGCAUUAACAAGAAAACUAUGAAGUAUUCCACAAAAUGGUGUCUGUAAGCCACCAUUAACCCAGAUAGCAUAACAUGUCAUAAUUUGUUGAAUUAGGAAGAAAUAAGAAAUGGGACAUAAGACAAUGGUAAACUAUUUUAUUAUAAGACUAUAAUAACUCUGAUUUAGCCUCCCUUUGUUGAUCUUUAAUAAAAGCAUUACUACUCUA